AUGUCACAAAUAGAUCUGAUAGCAAUCAUCUUUCCCAAGGAGGGAAAAGCAGAUAGAGUUGCAGAACUCCUGAAUGAAAUCUCUACACAUAUCGAGGCAACUGAGCCUGGGACAUUGAAGUAUGAGAUUAAGAAAGAAGUCAACAAAAAGACGGGUGCUGUAGAAAUUAUUAUGCUUGAGAGUUACAAAGACGAAGCUGCAACCGCAGCCCAUGGAUCUUCAGAAGAAUUCAAAGCUUUUGGCAAGAUGUUAAAGGAUGAGGAUCUGAUUGCCAAGCCCAUGGAAUUGAAGUUUUUGCAGCAUGUUGGGGGAUUCUCGUCGAGGUUGUGAACGCGGAGGGUUGCAGUAUGAGAGACUUUAGUAAUCGUAUCUAAACUCUCGAAUCUAAACUCUGCGAGGGAUAUAGAGACAAUACAACUAAUUUAAAAACUUGGUUGGUGGAUUCAAUCGAUGCAUACCUUAGAUGUGAGAGUCGCACGUGACAGAGAAGUACCUCGUCAUUGACCCUUCAAGAAGGAUUUGGAAGAGAAUGUAAAGCAAGAGAAUAAGUCACUUUUGGUCUUAUUAUUUCCUUAGUUGCCACAAGCUUCCAUGAUGCAUUCAAAUACAAUUUUAGUCUGCCAUGGAUUUCCAGAAUAAAUGGUGGAUUGUGGAAUAUGGAUUGUGGAAUACAAAAUAGUACCAAUCUACUUCGAUCUG